UCAAAGGAGAAAGAGAGAGGAGGGACUUAGCCUGCACGUUCAGUUCCAAACAGAGAGGUCAGGAUGAGCUGUGGCCAAGGCCUCCACCAAUACCACUUUUCUUCUGGAUCUCUCGGGGGUGCUGCAGGAUGCAGCUUCACACAUGUUGGAGAUUCCUACACAGCUUCCAGCUUGUAUGGAGGAAGAAGCAGUCCACUCCUCCCUGUGUCCUUUGGAGGACCUCUCUGGCUGGCCUCUGAUGCAGGGGCAGGUUGGGGAGGCUUUGGCGGUAGCCAAGGGGACCUCUUCCUGGCAAGGAAUGAGAAGCAGACCAUGCAGGACCUGAACGACCGCCUGGCUGCCUACCUGGAGAGGGUGCGUUCCCUGGAGGAGGACAACAUGAAGCUGGAGGGCUGCAUCCGGGAGUGGCACCAGAGGAGGGCCAAGGGCACCCCGUGUGACUUCAAGGAUUACGAGCAAAACAUCUCAGACAUGCAUGACCGGAUUCAGACUGGACGGGUUACCAAUGCAGGCAUUGUUCUGCAGAUUGACAAUGCGAAGAUGGCAACUGAGGACUUCAGGCUCAAGUACGAGGCAGAAAAAGCUUUUCGGCAAAAUGUGCAGAAUGAGGUUGAGAACAUUCGUAAGGAACUCGACAACAUGACAAUCAUAAUAACAGACCUGGAAAUGGAGAUUGAAGCUCUGCGAGAAGACAACAUACUCCAGAAGAAAGAACAUGAGGAGGAUAUGCAAGCACAUGGCUCUUCCAAGGAAUUAAAUGUGAACGUGAAGGUGAAGACAGCUCCACAAGAAGAUCUGGCAAAGAUCCUGGCAGGGAUCAGAGCAGAUUAUGAAGCAAUUAUUGAAAAGAACCGCCAAAGCCUGGAUGCCUGGUUCCAACAACAGAUUGCAAGUGACUCUUUGGAAGGAGUUCCCAGCCAGGAUGAACUACAAAGCAGCCGGAAGGAAAUAUGUGAGCUGAAUCGCACACUGCAAACCCUGGAAAUAGAUUUUCAGACACAGCUUAAUAAGAAAUUUGCCCUAGAAAACAACUUGGAUGAAACCAAGUCUCGCUACGCCUUGCAGCUUCAAAGCAUCCAAAACUUAAUCUCCAAAUGUGAAGAAGAACUCAGUGAAUUGCGUAAUGACAUCAGGUCUCAAAAUAACCAGUACAAAGUUCUUCUAGGAAUAAAAGUGCGCCUGGAGAAGGAGAUUUCUACUUAUCGCCAGCUUCUCGAAGGAAACAUUGAUGGGAUGACAGACUCCAGGUCAAACUUUAGAGAUUCAGCGAACCCAACUUUAAAGAAAAUUGUGCAGGAGACUGUGGAUGGACAGGUAGUUUCCACACAUACCGCUGAGAUCAAGAGGCAGGUGUGACUUCACUCAUUGAAGAAAAGAAGCACUUAUAUACAGGAAAAACCAUAGAAGACUUACUAGCUAAUUAAAAGAGUUCUAUUUCUUGUAAACAUCUCUUGGUGGGGCUUAAAACUUUUUUCCUCAGUAUUAUUUACAUGUUGCUAUCCAAACUGUUUGUAAUUUAAUUUAAUACAAAUGCAAAUCAUUGUCAUCUUCUCUUGGCACCUACUUCUUUAAAAAACACAAGAUAAAUAAAUAUUAUUUACUUA